AUGGAUACUUUGGUGCAAAUAGCGAUGGCCGAGGCGCUGGGCGGCGCGUUCCGCUGCAUCGCCCAGUCCGUGUCGCAGAUGCAGGAGGCCAUGUGGGCCAUGAACCAGAAGAUGGAGCGCACCAACGACACCGUGUGCUGCAUGGCGCAGAGGCUCAAAGCGCAGGGGCGCACCGUGUGCAGGCUGGACCGCCGCAUGAACCACCUCGAGUGCGGCUCCUACGGCCUGCAGCAGCAGCCCCAACCGGACGCAUUCUUCUCCUGCGGCAAGGACGACUUCGCGGCGCCCGGCGGGGGCUUCUGCUGCGCGGCGGGCGGGGCAAGAGGAGGGGGAGGAGGCAGCUUCUGCGACGGCCCUCCCCUCCCCAGGACCACCUCUUGCACCCUGGCCGCCUACCAGGUAGCUACUUCCCCGGCGGGGACGAAGUAA